UUCCAGCUGCUGACACUCCAAACACUGAAGGUGAGUCUGAGCAAAAAUACCACUCAGAGCCAAAGGAGCUUUCAGAAAACUUAGUGACUCACUGGACUUUGUGUCUGCUGUGUUUUCAGCUUCACUCACACAAUAAAUGGCUUCCAGAUCAGAGGAAGAUCUCUGCUGCUCGGUCUGUCAUGAUGUCUUCACAGAUCCCGUCAUUCUGUCGUGUAGCCACAGCUUCUGUAGAGACUGUCUGAAGACCUGGUGGAGACAGACACCAACACAUGACUGUCCAUUAUGUAGGAAAAGAUCUUCAGCGUCUAAUCCACCUCGUAACCUGGUUUUAAAGAAUUUGUGUGAAUCCUUCCGGCAGCAGAGAGCUCGGAGAUCUUCACAGUCUCUUUGCAGUUUCCACUCUGAGAAACUCAAACUCUUCUGUCUGGAUCAUCAGCAGCCAGUGUGUCUCAUCUGCAGACAUUCAAAAAAACAUUCCAACCACAGAUUCAGACCCAUCGAUGAAGCUGCACAAGAACACAGGGAGGAACUUCAGGAAACUCUGGAGCCCUUAAAGAAGAAGCUGAAGGUUUCUGAACAAGUUAAAGGGAAAUUUGAUCAAACAGCAGAACACAUUAAGGUCCAGGCCCAUCACACAGAGAGGCAGAUUAAGGAGCAGUUUGAGAAGCUUCACCAGUUUCUGAUAAAGGAAGAGGAGGUUAGGAUGGCUGCACUGAGGAAGGAAGAGGAGCAGAAGACUGGGAUGAUGAAGGAGAAGAUGGAGGCUCUGAGCCGAGGGAUAGCAGAUCUUUCAGACACAGUCAGAGCCACAGAGAACCAGCUGAGCGCUAAAGACGUCUCAUUCCUGCUAAACUACAAAGCUGCAGUGGAAAGAGUCCAGCGCUGUCCUUUGCUGGAGGAUCCACAGCUGCUCUCAGGAGCUCUCAUAGACCAGGCCAAACAUCUGGGCAACCUGAGCUUCAACAUCUGGAACAGAAUGAAGGACAUGGUCUCCUACACUCCUCUCAUUCUGGACCCAAACACUGCACAUCCAGAGCUCAUCCUGUCUGAAGAUCUGACCAGUGUGAGAGGAGGAGAUGAAAAGAAGCUUCCUGAUAAUCUAGAGAGGUUUGAUUUUUAUGCCUCUGUUCUGAGCUCCAAAAGCUUCAACUCAGGGACUCACAGCUGGAAUGUUGAGGUUGGAGACAGUAAAUACUGGGGACUGGGUGUGGUUGAAGAGUCUGUCCCGAGGAAGGGGGAGAUAAUGUCUGGAUUUUGGGGAGUAUUGUUCUAUGAAGGUAAAUACUAUUCAUGGUCAUCAUCAGCUUCCUCCACUGAUCUCUCAGUGCAGAAGAAGCUCCAGAGGAUCAGAAUGAAUCUGGACUGUAACAGAGGAAAGCUGUCGUUCUCUGAUUCUGAUACUAAAUCACACAUACACACCUUCAGUCACACUUUCACUCAGAGGAUGUCUCCAUACAUUACCACUGAUGGUAAAGUUCAGAUUUUACCAGAGAAGGUCUCAGUGACAGUGAAACAGAUCAGUUAGAGAUCAACAGGAUCACGAUAUUCAGAACGUCUCUUUGUUGUUGUUUGUUCUGUUGGAUGGUGAAAAUGUGGGAGUUAAGGUGGUUCUUAGGUUUAAAGGUUGACAUCUCAUUUUUAAAAUUGACGUCUGUGUUUUAAGGUGGUUCUUAGGUUUUAAGCUGGACGUCUCGGGUUUAAGGUGGAAGUCUGGGUUUAAAGGUGAAUGUCUGGGUUUUAAGGUGGAUAUUUAGGUUUGAAAAUGGACAUCUGGGAUUUAAGGUGGACAUCUAGAUUUUAAGAUGGACGCCUCAGUUUCUUUAAUGUAUAGUUUGCAUUUUAACACAAUAAACCAGAUAACAAAUGUAAAUAAUGUAAACAACAAAGAUCUGCAUUUCUAUAAAUGUAACUUGUCUGAAAAGAGACUAUUCUUUACUGCAUCUAAAUCACCAAAAUAUUCUUGUAUCGUUUAAAAAAUGGCUUCUUAAAUAAUGGAGACUAUCAAAUGAUUUUAACAGGCAUUCAGUAGAUUUUCUGUGUUUUGUUAACUUCCAUAUCAUAACUAGUUAGUCAAAGAAAAGGUAUUAAAUUACAUGCUGACUGUUAACAGCAAAAAUCAAAUCAAUGACCAACCAGAACGGUCAAUAAUAAAAUCUCUGUAUUUACACUGACAAUAAUUUGUUCUUUUCAA